AUGGCUGGAGUACUCCAAUUUCUUGCUGCUUCUCUAUUUCUUUAUACCCUGAUCAUAACAAUCUCCCAAUUUCAUUUCAGUACUUCUGCAAAACUCAGUGGGUUGAGCCUGAAGAUCAUCCCUAGGGACUGUCUAGAGUCUCCUUUAUAUCCUGGAAACUUGACUCGACUUGAGAGAAUAGAAAGAUUAAUCAGAUUCUCUAAAGCUAGAGCCCAAUAUUUGGAAACAAUAUCCAGUACUGUCAAUUCGACAAUAUUGGACAACAAGAACAUCCGUUUUACAUUGUUCCUUGAUAAUUUCUUAUUCGUGGUACAGGUAGGCAUUGGAUUACCAGAGAAGCUGGUGUUUUUACUUAUGGACACAGGUGGUGGCCUAAUUUGGACGCAGUGCGAACCAUGCAAGAACUAUUACAAGCAAGCAUAUCCCAUUUACAAUUCAGGUGCUUCCAUUACUUACAGGAAACUCCCUUACAACCGCCCUCUCUGUCAAGGCGACAGUGCCCGCUACCAAUGCGUCAAUGGCUAA